CGUCCGUCCUGGGAACGCCUCCUGUCUGUGUGCGCAAGGGCGGAGAAACGGCCGCGGUACGCUCUUUAUUAUUCUAUGAGUAAUUUCAUUUUUUUACAAAAAUGGCGUCCGUUCAGGGAGGUGUGGGUGCUGUCACUUCUCCACAAAGCCAGGAGUACCCCGGCGGACCCCACUGGAGCCCGGCCAUCAGCCAGUACCAGCAGCAGCAGCAGCACCACACCGCCCGCAGCCUGGACCGGGCUCUGGAGGAUGCAGUCAGCUCGGGGAUCCUGAACCUGAGCGGCAGGAAGCUGAGGGAGUACCCGGGGCUGAGCUACGACCUGACCGAUACCACACAAGCAGAUUUAUCCAAGAAUCAUCUGACAGAAAUUCCCCCAGAAGUGUGUCUGUUCGCCCCCCUCGAGUCUCUCAACCUCUACCACAACUGCAUCAAAUGCAUCCCAGAAGCCAUCAUCAACCUGCAGAUGCUGACCUAUCUUGAUAUCAGCCGAAACCUUCUGACAGUGUUGCCAAAAUACCUGUUCAGCCUCCCCCUCAAAGUCCUUCUAGUGAGCAACAACAAGCUGGUCUCCAUCCCUGAUGAGAUCGGUAGGGCCAAAGAGCUGAUGGAACUGGAUGUGAGCUGCAAUGAGAUCCAGGUCCUGCCAGCUCAGGUGGGGCGGCUCCAGGCCUUACGGGAACUUAACAUCAGGAAGAACUGUCUUCACAUGCUGCCCGAGGAGCUGGCUGAUCUGCCCCUCAUCAGACUCGACUUCUCCUGCAAUAAGAUCACAGAGAUUCCUCCAGCUUUUAGGAAACUCAGGCAACUGCAGGGCAUCAUCUUAGACAACAAUCCUAUGCAGUCUCCACCUGCACAGAUUUGCCUGAAGGGCAAAGUGCACAUAUUCAAAUACUUGAACAUCCAGGCUUGCAGAACAGACAAGAAACCAGACACGUUGGACCUGCCGUCCCUCAGCAAACGCUGCCUUCCUCAGCUGCUCACAGAUAGCAUGGAAGAUUUUUAUCCCAGUAAGAGCCACGGACCUGACUCUGGAAUCGGUAGUGACAAUGGUGACAAGAGGCUGUCAACAACAGAGCCCUCAGAUGAUGACACUGUCAGCCUCCACUCACAAGUUUCAGAAACAGCCCGUGCUGAUGCCCUAUCCCUACUCUCCAAAAUGGACUCUUGCAAAGAUCAGGAUCUCUAUGACUUUAUAGAGCCCAACCCCGACGAAGAUCCUGCUCUGUCAGAGUGUGAUGGACAUCAAAGCAGUCACAUGUCUUGUAUAAAGGAGCUGGAGAAAGUUCUCAACAUGUCUCAACAAUGUAAAGAUAAAGACAGCUGGAAGGAGGAGUCAGGUUCUGAUAAGGAGCAGCUUGCUGAGGAAGAGGAUGAUGAGCUGAAGGAGGUGCUGGAUUUGAGGAAGAUUGCUGUCCAGCUUUUGCAGCAGGAACAGCAGAACCGACGGCGGCCCCUAAUUUGCAGAGCAGAGAGUCUUAUUCACCGACGAAGAGUGACCGGCAGAGCUCACAGAUUUCUCAGUCAUUCUGGAAGCUCCAGCAGCAAACCGAGGCUGCCCCCUCACACUGCUCGUAGUGCUUCUCUGGACGAGGGGAGCAGUAGUGCAUCAGUGCUGUGUGGGCAGCCUUCUACCUCCUGCUCCUUUGACAGAAGUUUGAAGUCAGAACAUUUGGAUUUAGAAUCAAAGUGGCCUGACGUGCCGCCCAUUCUUCAUCAGAAUGAAGACCGCAGGCAGAACAAGUACCUCAGGAAAGAUUACCUAAAAGUACAGUACAAGUGUCAGAGUGCUCGUAAAUGCUCCAGUGACAAUGAUGACUGUGAGGAGAGUUUACGCGGCACUGAUUUCAGCACCACGUUGACAGUGUUUGGACUGAAACCCAGAGCAGCCUUCACCAGAGGGAAGCCUCAGGACUUAAACUCCACCGACCCCAGUUUCACCAUAAGGAGGAAGAUGGAGCACUUACGAGAGGAGCUGGAGCAGAUCGGACUUCUACGGCAGAACAUUGAGUCCAGACUGAAGGUGCUGCUUCCAGACGAUGUCGGAGCUGCGUUGAUGGAUGGAGUUGUCCUUUGUCAUUUGGCCAAUCAUAUUUGCCCUCGCUCUGUUUCCAGCAUCCAUGUCCCUUCUCCUGCAGUGCCAAAGCUGAGCAUGGCCAAGUGUCGCAGGAAUGUUGAAAACUUCCUGGAUGCCUGUAAGAAGCUCGGUGUUACACAGGACAAACUGUGUCUGCCUCAUCACAUCCUGGAGGAACGCGGUCUGGUGAAGGUUGGAAUAACCGUCCAGGCUCUGCUGGACCUGCCUCCAUCCAAGUCCACACAUCUAUCUUCAGUUUGACACAGGCAUAAAUGUUGCACCUGUCCUGCUGUGGAGCAGCUCAGGUCGGCCUGCCCUUCACCAAGGACCAGAGACCCCCACGAGUCGGGGUGAGGUUCCAGUGGUUUGAGGUUUUUUCACAGUCUGCCUGAUUGAAAAAGGAGAUAAGAUGACAAAACACCUCCUUUCAUGACAUUAGGCAGCAGUUAGUUUAUGUCCAUCACAUUAUCACGUGUGUUGUGUGUCUUUUACUGGAGAUGUGUGUGGACUUGUGAUGGGACAGCUUCUUUCCUGAAGAAACCGAAUUGAGUUUAUGUGAAGACCCCUGGAUUUAACUCAAUCAGAUUGUGAGUGGACUGCACGUCCAACCUGUUAUUCCACGGACAACCAAUGAAAAUGCAGACAUAACUCACUUUUUCACUGACAAAGGCUGGACCGCAUUGCUAUUAUUUCUUCAUUUGGAUUAGGAAGUGUGGAUUGAUUUGCUGUCGGCUGCUUUUCAAGCACCUCCUUUGCCUUUUGAGGAGGCAAACGCUCUAGCUUUGACUUCGGUGCUCUAGCUGAAAUUUCUUUGCAGGUUUCGGCAAUUUUAAACUUCAGUACAGUUUGGGAGCAACUCAGCACUCAAGUCGUUAUGUGUCACAUCCCUGCAUGCAUCAGGGGAAGUGACGACUGAACACUGUGAUUACACACAUGGGAGUUUUGCCCAAAGCUUGACCAGAAUAAGUUAUAUCUUUCUUUCUUCAACAUAAUUGUUAGUUUAUGUGGUUGCAACACACACACCCACACACACACACACACACACACACACACACACACACACACACACACACACACGCUAUGUUGUGAUCAAAUGUUCACCUAUUUUGGAGUUAGUUGGAGCACCCAACUGUCUACAAAAACACAAAAGGCCAAAGGGUUUAUUUUGACUUCUGGUGAAUUUAUGGAACUGGAAGAAAGUUAUUUUCUUUUUCCAUUGUUCCGUUCUAGCAGCACCUCAACAUGAUGCUACCACCUCCGUGCUCGACAGCUGGUUUGGUGUUCUUAGGUUUGAGUCUCACUUAGACUCCCCCAGUUGUGACAUUACCUGAUCACAAAACCUUUCUUUACAUUUGUCUUGUCCAUUUAGUGUAGAUAUAACAUGUCUUUUGUUUAAACAGGUGCUUCUGUAUUGGUCCCUACUUUCUUAGGCCGGUUCUCACCGCAGGAUUUUAAAAUUGUUGAACAAAUUUCAAGACGUGGCAAUAAGAAAAUCAUGGAUAUACCAGUUUUGGUGCUACGGUGUGUGGCGUGUGGUUACACGGCAAAUCCUACAUACAUUCCCAACAUCCUCAGUUAGAUGGGGUAGUUUGCAAAAUCCCUUGAGAUCAAAUGUGACUUUGGAGAAAACAAACAUGGGAGGGGUGUACAUACAGGAGGAGUAUGCAGCUACCUUUCAUCACCUUGCCCUCUGAUUGGCUACAUGUCCCAUUGAACAGGGAGCACACUCGUUUGGACCCAAUUUGUGAUCGGAGUGAUCCCAAAGUCCUUCCAAGCUGACAAGAGUGAUCUAACAUCCUGUUAUUUUUAAAGCCAGCACAGUAAUGUUGUGUAUUGUUAAGUUUAUAGGAAGGGGCCUGGUGAAUCAGUAAGACCAUGCUGAUGGUGUUACUGGUGUAACAGCAGGUUUAAUAAUAGCUCAAGCUUUGGUGUUUCUGGACAUCAUCACUACUGUAUGGUAACAUGAGACAAAUCCUAUUCAUACAGAGAUAGACCAGUCAACCAUGAUCACAAACAAACAGGUGUAAGCUGUGGUUUCGAAGACUUUCAGCAUCACUUGUCAUAAUUCUGGCCAGUCUGUAUAGAUUUGGUCUCGUAAAGCAGAGAGAAAAUCUACAAUAAUACAAUAAAAAACUUCACCCAAAUCCCACUAUA